CGCGCGCAGCAGGAGAAGAGAAUAGUGCGGCGGAGUGCAGUGUGUGUGUGCGUGUAUGCAAGUUAGCACUCUUGGCUGCAGUUUUGGGGCUUCGCGCACUUUGUUACAUGUAUAGCUAUACAUUAUAGAGCGUAGUACUACGUGUGUGUAUAUACCUACUUAAAGUCCAACGCAAUCGCGUAUAAGCUCCUACUAUGUGUCGUAGUCGACGAUUGAAGUGCAUCAUUGGAUAAGAGGCGCGCGAAGAAGAGGAAAGAAAAAGCUCAAGGCACAACAAUAACAAACAGAAAUAUACAUAUCCGCGACUUUGCCUAUGACAUAAGAGCGUAAACUUGAGAAAUAUACAAUCUACACGUCGUCGAGUCAGAUUCUCGUGUGUCAAUUGCACGCGCCCGAGUCAUCGUCAUGUUGUAUCGGUAAUAGUGAACAAUUUUUUUUUUUAUAUCUAAACAUCAAGUCCAGCGGCGUAUCGUAUGAUGCAUUCGUCGUCGGAGCGAGACCUAGUCGGAGCAGUAGCAGUAGCAGCAGCAGCAGCAGCAGCAGAAGCCCGUGGUAGCAGUAGUAGCAGCAUCGAUGAUCAACAGCGUUGUGGCUUCGAGAGUCAUCAGUCGUGGGCGUGCGAUUAUUAUGACAAGCGAAGGAGCAGCAGUAGCAGCAGCAGCGACUUGUCAACGACUGCAGUGUAGAACGUCGCUGUCGUGCGAAAGUCACAUCCACGCUUAUUAUUAGGGGGGGAACCGAGAAAAAUUAGCAAUUCAGUCUGCUCGCGACUACUAGGACGAGAGGAUGACGCGUCGCUGCUUGUCGUCGAGCGGCUAUUUAUAUAGAUAAUUUUAUACUGUAAACGUGUGGUGAACUGUGUUCUGUUGAUUCGGUGCAGCCGCGCGCGCGAGAGUGUGGUGCGCGACUUGCCCCUAAUCGAGUGCAUCUACGUGCGUGUGCGUGAGUGCGUGCAAACAAAAAUCCCAAGGAUACAGGGUCCGCGGGAAAAAUUGGCCAAAGUGACGAGGACGAGCAACAGCAGCAGUAGCAGCAGCAGCAGCAUUAUGGCCAGCACUGGACCGAGUAGCAGCGGCGGCAGCGGGCCGACGACCACCGUCGCGAAUUCAGCUGCUGCUGCCAAUGGACCGGACACCAAUACCAUAAUCCGCGCUGCGGCUGCACCGCUGAUCAUGGCGAACAUGUCGCCCACGCAGAGGCAGGAGGCGGCUGCCACCAACAGCAACAAUUACGAGCCCCUCGACAAGACCACCUCGAACACGCUCAAGCGUAACCCAAAAAUGGAAAUGUGUAAAACAGAUCUGCUCAAGUUACUCGGUUACUUAGAAGGAGAGCUACAAGCCCGAGAUAUUGUGAUAGCUACAUUGAAGUCUGAAAAAUUGAAGCAAUUACUAAAUUCAAGAUACCGAAGUGGAACAUCUGACCCACAUUCUGCAUUAUCCAGAGAUACUGCAAUCACUUGUGGCUCAAGUGGAUCUCAAAAUAAUCACAUGGAACAAUUAGCAACUACUUUAGAAAACUUAGUUGGUCGACAAAGGUAUCUGAAGAGCCAUAUGGCAAAUCUCUUAAAACAUUCAGAGCUUAGACACAGAAAUGUCGUGAGAGAACUGGAAGAAGAACGUCGUAAAAAUCAGCCAAUCGCAGCGUUGGGAGACGGAUCGGAUUCUGCAUUAGAAAAAGAACGUUUGCGUUUGAUGAAAGAAUUAGAACUUGAGCGUCAGGAGAAAAAGCGACUUGAAGGCGAAGUCAAAGUAGCUAAUGAUGUUCUUCAAGAAGAAAAAAAUCGGCAUAAACAAAUCGUUCUAGUUUUGUUAGCCGAGCGUAAAAAAAUUAUAAUGAAAUACAUCGAAGAAAGAAAGAGAUCGGAAGAUCUCGCGCAAAUUCUCAGUGAAGAAAAGGUGCGCGUCAAUUCAAUGGCUGAAAGCCUCGAAGAGGAAACCAAAAAAGCGACUUUAAUGGAGGCAGAAAUGGAAAAGCAAGCGGUCUCUUACGACAUCGAGAGAUCGCAGUAUCGACAAAGCACGGCAAGCAAAGAGAAAAAAUUCAACGAGCUCCAAGCCGAGAACGAAAAAUUACGCGCCGAAAUCGAGCAGCUGCGAGAACAAUUGGUAAAACGGGGUGGAGUUGGAGUGACGCCUCCACCGCCACCGGCAAAGCCAGCGAAUUUGGCAGCCAUGCCUGGACUGCGAGCCACCGCUGCGAAUGCUGUCGCGAGUGUAAAAGGAGCCGUAUUAGGGGCAGGAACGCCUAUGGUCAGUAGCAAAGUGGUUCAACCCACGGCUACGGUAUCGAGUGUUCCAGUCAGCGGUCCGACCACAGGCAUAGCGCGUUCCGUGCAACCAGGUCAAGCGUUACGAGGUGCAGCGGCAUUCGUAGCCGCCAGUUCGAUCGAGUCCGCGGCGAGUCAAGAUUCUACGCCUGCACAGGUAAACUAUCCGUACUAUCCUAGCCAUCAUGAAUGUGAAUUAUGUGUUUUUUUCGAUCGACUACACUCAUCUCAUACAAACUGCCUCUUAUUAUUCUUCUCUAAUUUUAAUCUUUUUCGCACUAACAAAAUAACAAUCAUUUCGUAUCCUCGUCUCCUCUCAUUGUCAUAUCAUCGAACAUGUGCUUUUAUCAAUUCUCAGGGCUUGAAGCGGCCAGUCGUGCCAGGCGCAGCGGGCUCGACCGGUACAGUCAUAGCCGUGAAAAAAGUCGGCGGUGUCGCCCUGGCCGCGGGAGCUGCGGCGGCGGCGGCGCUGGCCCGAGGCACUCCGCCACCGGUGCCACCCAACAAACCCAUCGUGCCACCGAAAAAGGACGCGGCUUUCCUGCGCCGUGCCGAGUCGAGCGCAGCUGCCAUCGGAGAAACGGCGGCGGCUGCGACGACGACGCCCGUUAAACCUCAAUUCGUUAAGCAAAAUACGGUGAUCGCUAAUCCGGCAGCGGCGGCGGCGAACCCCGUCAUUCCUCCAGUCGUCGCCGCCGUCGCCACACCGGCGCCUGUCGUAGAUGACGAGGCUAAAACACGCUGACUUUUCGAGAGCAGUGAUUCACGGCUGAUUCGAGACGGCAAGUUAAAUAUAAUGAACGAAGGGGAGAAAGAGAGAGAAAUACCGAAGAAACAUCUUCGUGCAAUUAAUUGAUCUUGAUACACCAACUGCAUCGUAAACACCUUAUACAAGCAUUACACAAUUUACACGUAAUAUAUCUUUUAAAUUUAAAAUCAAAAGACGAAUUAUUCUCACUGACAACUUUUGUACAUUAUGUACACGUGACGAAGUGUCAAAAACGAGCAUUAAAAGUAUUUGAAGCAUAAUACACAUGCAAAUAUACAGGUUCCUAUACGAACAAAACAAAAAAGAAAAAAAUUAGAUCUCUAGUACACAUUAUGUGUCAUUACACAUUUACUACAAAAACCGACUCAUGGAAUUCCAACUAAUCUAAGACGAAUACUAGGUUAUUUGAAGUAUAUACACCUGCUCAUUUCAUAAAAGUAUUAUACACUGCCUUUGUAAAAUCAUUUACAAAAAAAAUUAUACCUUCAUAAAGAUGCAGAUUAUUGAUUAUGCGGUACAAAAACGUAGGAUACACAAAGACACACCACAAUAAGUAUAUAUUUAAGCAUAUUAAUGUUUGCUCUCUUUCACAACAGUAAAAAAAAGCAAACUUGAGUGUGAUGAAAUGAAAAAAGAACAAAUUGUUUGCUAACUAUUAGCAUGAGUCUUGUGAGUAUGAGAACGAACAAAAUGAGACGAAUUUGUACUACGGUUUUAUUUUGAUUUUUAUACCUUAUGAAUGGUGAACGAUUUUAAGAAUGCUUUGUUACAAUGAUUUUUUACAUGCCUUCCGUGAAGGCCAACUCAUUAACGCUUCAAGUAAAAAGUUUUGGAACGUGUCGUGCAGCUCGAUUUUUCGUGCGAGUAAUGAAAUUGUGUACUGUUUCGUUAGUAUAGAAAAAAUCCGAUGACAUUUUAUAUGGUUAUUUUAGUAUCUAGUAUUGUCCUUUUUCCGAUAUGCUUUUUUUGCAUAUACAUCACACAUCCGAGACACUUACCGAUAAUAUAAUUAAAAUGAACAAACAAGUAAUGAGUAACAUAAAAACGAAGCAAUAUAACAUACUUAUUACAUACACUGAUUCAGAACCAAUAUCGGAAUCACGGAAACGAAGAUAAAUUGCGAUCUUUUAUAAAUGCGCAACCUGACGCGUUGCUUCUAGUCCGCAAAAGACGUAUAUAUUAUAAAUACAUUUGGCGGUGAAUGUAUAUUAGCCGCGAGGUAUUCCGAAAAGAGACUUAUUAAUUGUUAUUGUUGUAAAU